AUGGAUAACCGUAUUCGUGACUUGAUGGAGGGGAUGGAUGAAGAAGUGGAGGAGGAGGAAGAAGAAGUUGAAGAGACCGAGGAGGAAAUCAAAUCCAAGCAAAUCUCGAAAGAGAAGAAGCCAAAAAACAAGGGGGGAGCAAAGAGCGAAGCGAAGGGUGAAGCGAAGGGUGAAGCAGCAAAGAGCGAAGCAAAGAGCGAAGCAAAGAGCAAAGCAAAAGCGAAGCAAGAGAAGGGUUCAAGUAAGGGGGCUGCUACUGCGAACAAGAAAUCAAAAAAUAGCAAGGAGGAUUCGACCGAGGAGAGAGAAACAAAGAAGGCCAAAAAGGAGUCCCAGACUGAGACACAAGAGAAGAAGCCCAAGGAUCCAAAGCCAAAGAAGGCACCGAAGCCCAAGAGACCCUUUAGGAAGGUGGAGACUGAUGCUCUGAAGCUUAGGAGAAAGGACCUUAGCCACAAGAUCCAGGUCAACAGAGCUCAGCUCAUCCUUGCCCAGUCCAAGCUCCUAAAGUAUGACAACGAGCUCCAUUAUCGUGAGAUUGGGUUGGAUGAUUCCGAUGAUCUCCUUGCUAUGGCCAUGCGAGAUGAGAACGGUGAUGAGGUUAGGACUGGAGAUGAAGAAAAAAAUGAUGAGAGAAGUGGUGAUCAGUGA